AUGUCAGCACAAGAGAUCACCGUGCCGGCUCCGGCCGACUUUCACGUGCAUCUGCGACAGGGCGAGAUGUCGGAACUCGUUACCCCGCACGUCGCCCAAGGUGGAGUAUCUCUGGCCUAUGUGAUGCCCAACCUGGUACCUCCCAUCACCUCGGCACAGCAAGCGACGGAAUACUUGCAGUCGCUCCAGGCGCUUGCCCCAAAGACCAAGUUCGUUGGCACCUUAUACCUCUCUCCUGCCCUGACACCUGCCGAGAUCGCAAAGGCAGCACAGAAUGGUGUCCGUGGUGUCAAGAGCUACCCUCGCGGUGUGACCACCAACUCGGACAGUGGAAUCGAGGACUACGAGAGCUACUACCCGAUCUUUGAGGAGAUGCAGAAGCACAACAUGAUUCUCAACUUGCAUGGAGAGGUCCCAUCGAAUGCCGAUGUGGGCAUCUGCCUCCUAAACGCCGAAGAGAAGUUCUUGACGCACUUGUUCAAGAUCCACGGCCAAUUCCCAAAACUCAAGAUCGUGCUCGAGCAUGCGACGACAAGAAAGGCGGUCGAGGCUGUCAAGCAGUGCGGAGACACUGUCGGAUGCACUAUCACACCCCACCACCUCGAGCUGAUUGUAGACGACUGGGCCGGAAAGCCGCUCAACUUCUGCAAGCCGGUUGCAAAGUAUCCCGAUGACCGACAAGCAUUGCGCGAGGUCAUUCGUCAAGGACAUGCACGCUUCUUCCUUGGCUCGGAUUCGGCGCCGCAUCCAUUGGCCAACAAGUACCCUUCUGCGGUGACCCACGGUGCUCCCGGUAUCAAGGCAUCAUCAUCUGGCGGAGAAGAGGUUGAGGCGAGGGGUGUAGUCUCGUGUGGCUGUGCUGCCGGUGUCUACACGUCAUCAAUCCUUAUUCCUCUCUGCGCAACACUGUUGGAAAGCUUCGGUGCACUGGAUCAGUUGGCCAGCUACGUUAGUUUGAAUGGAAGAAAGUUCUACGGCUACGACGAUGCGGAAGAAAUGGCUAAAGGGAGGAUCAAGCUUCGCAAGGUGGAGAGCGGAUGGUCAGCAGCAAUCGUUCCUGCAGUAUACGUGCAUCGCAAAUUCCGAGAGGUGGCUGAUUGCGAUGGAAGCAAGGUGCAAGUGGUACCCUUCUGGGCAGGGAAGCGACUCGGAUGGGAAAUCGUGCGAUCCUAA